ACAAUACAAUAUAACCUCCAUGCUCUCCUCUUUUAUAAUCCUUAUCUUUGAUCUCCAACUCCCAUUCUUCCAUUAUCUCCUCUCCCAUUACCUUUUGCUUCCUCUCUCAAACCCCCACUUCUCAUUUUUCUUCUUCUUUUUCACACACCAACUUGCCAUUGAUCCUUAGCUAGCUAUACAUAUCUAGCCUUUCGCUACUUCCUGUACUAUACAUAGAAAAAUAUUGAUCCACAAUAUGGCUCUUGAAACCUGGCUAAUAAAGGUAAAAACAGUAAUAUCUCAUAGUUUUGAUUCAGUCAUAACCUCCACUCCAAUCCCAAAACCAUCAAAGAAAUCUUCAGUUGGAGUACUAGCUUUGGAAAUUGCAGGUCUUAUGUCAAAGCUUUUCCAUCUUUGGCAAUCUCUUUCCGACAAGAACAUAAUUCGGGUGCGAAACGAUUCCGUCUCUCUUGACGGAGUACACAAGAUAGUCUCCAAUGAUGAAUCAUUCCUUCUCGGCCUCGCGUGUGCAGAAAUGGCUGAGAACCUUAGACUCGUCGCUAAAUCUGUUUCGAGGUUGAGCAAGAGGUGUGGGGACACAAGUUUGCGUGGUUUCGAACAUUUGUUCGAUGAGUUUGCCAACUUGGGGCAUGAUACUAAUUGUUGGGUCUUGAGUUGGAAAGACAUGGAAGCUAAAACCAAGAAGUUGGACAGGUACGUGACCGUCACGGCGACGCUGUAUAAAGAGAUAGAGGAGCUGUCUGUAUUGGAGAAUGGAUUAAGGAAAGCUUUACAGUGUGGUGAACUUGAAGGAACAACAAAAGAACAAAAAGUUUUGGAUCUUCAACAAAAGAUAUUCUGGCAGAGACAGGAGGUGAAGUAUCUAAAAGACAGAUCUCUUUGGAAUAGAAGCUUUGAUACUGUUGUUCUGAUUCUUGCUAAGUCCAUUUUCACCAUCUUAGCACGGAUCAAGCUGGUUUUUGGCAUAGCACAUGGCUAUCCAACUUCCCUGCCUCGCUGUCUCUCAGCUUCUGCAACAGUGCAUCCAACCGAAAACCCUACAACUUGUAACUUUGUGUCAGGGCCAUUGAAGAUCUCAAAACUUGAAGGAAAUAAAGAUUUCAGUACUGGGUUUUUCGAGACGAAUUCAAAGCUUCUAAAUCCACCGGCAACUACUCUUGGCGCGGCAGCUUUAGCCCUACACUAUGCAAAUUUGAUUAUAAUACUGGAAAAGAUGAUAAAGUCACCACAACUUGUUGGUUUUGAUGCAAGAGAUGAUCUUUACGCGAUGUUACCAAAUAGUAUAAGGUCUUUACUAAGGGCUAGACUGAAAGGAGUAGGGUUUUCGGCUAGUGAUCCAGUUCUUGCAGGAGAAUGGAGGGAUGCUUUAGGGAGGAUAUUGGGGUGGUUAUCACCAUUAGCACAUAAUAUGAUCAAGUGGCAAAGUGAAAGGAGCUUUGAGCAACAAAAUUUAGUGCCAAAAACCAAUGUGUUUCUUUUGCAAACAUUGUUUUUUGCAAAUAAAGAGAAGACUGAAGCUGCCAUUACAGAACUUUUGGUGGGCUUGAAUUACAUUUGGAGGUUCGAAAGGGAGAUGACUGCUAAGGCCUUGUUUGAAUGUGCCAACUUCAAUGGGUUCUUGAAUCCUCAGAAUUCCAGCUAGGAAGAUGGUUUCUUUUUCUCUUUCUUGGUUUUAGUUUUGUUUUCAAUCUAAACUUUAUCAUGUUUUUGAUCUUAGAGUACUGAACUGAGUGUCAGAUCUUUGAGGGUUUGUUCUCCUUCUGACCCUGAUCUGCAUAUGUCAAAUAUAGAUAUAUAUGUAUGUACAUGAUUUGAUCAUUUGAGUAAUCUUUCAAACAAUGCAUGCUUUUGGCUUGAAA